CAGUCCUGGUUUCCAGCCCCCGCCGCAUGACGCCCCUGAUGUCGCCAGCUCUGGCCUCUGAGAGCAUGUGUGUGGUUGCUCUUCUUCAGAACAUGGUGAUGAGUUUCCGAGUCUCCGACCUCCAGAUGCUGCUGGGAUUCGUGGGCCGCAGCAAGAGCGGGCUGAAGCACGAGCUCGUCACCAGGGCCCUGCAGCUGGUGCAGUUCGACUGCAGCCCCGAGCUGUUCAAGAAGAUCAAAGAGCUGUACGAGACCCGCUACGCCAAGAAGAGCGCAGAGCCGGGCCCGCAGCCCCACCGGCCCCUGGACCCGCUGACCAUGCACUCGGCCUACGACCGGGCCAGCACAGUGCCCAGGACUCCCCUGUCGGGCCCCAACAUUGACUACCCUGUUCUCUACGGGAAGUACUUAAACGGACUCGGACGUUUGCCCACCAAGACCCUCAAACCAGAAGUCCGCCUGGUGAAGCUGCCCUUCUUUAACAUGCUGGACGAGCUGCUGAAGCCCACCGAGCUAGUCCCACAGAACAGCGAGAAGCUGCAGGAGAGCCCGUGCAUCUUCGCCCUGACGCCCCGGCAGGUGGAGCUGAUCCGGAACUCCAGGGAGCUGCAGCCUGGAGUCAAGGCCGUGCAGGUGGUCCUGAGGAUCUGCUACUCGGACGCCAGCUGCCCGCAGGAGGACCAGUACCCGCCCAACAUCGCCGUGAAGGUCAACCACAGCUACUGCUCGGUCCCGGGCUACUACCCUUCCAACAAGCCCGGAGUGGAGCCCAAGAGGCCCUGCCGCCCCAUCAACCUCACCCACCUCAUGUACCUGUCCUCAGCCACCAACCGCAUCACCGUCACCUGGGGGAACUACGGCAAGAGCUACUCGGUGGCCCUGUACCUGGUGCGGCAGCUGACCUCGGCAGAGCUGCUGCAGAGGUUGAGGACCAUCGGGGUCAAGCACCCGGAGCUGUGCAAGGCGCUGGUCAAGGAGAAGCUGCGCCUGGAUCCCGACAGCGAGAUCGCCACCACCGGUGUGCGGGUCUCCCUCAUCUGCCCGCUGGUGAAGAUGCGGCUCUCGGUGCCCUGCCGGGCAGAGACCUGCGCACACCUGCAGUGCUUCGACGCCGUCUUCUACCUGCAGAUGAAUGAGAAGAAGCCCACCUGGCUGUGUCCAGUGUGUGACAAGCCAGCUCCCUACGACCAGCUCAUCAUCGACGGGCUCCUCUCCAAGAUCCUGAGCGAGUGUGAGGACGCCGAUGAGAUCGAGUACCUGGUGGACGGCUCCUGGUGCCCGAUCCGCACCGAGAAGGAGCGGAGCUGCAGCCCCCAGGGCCCCAUCCUGGUGCUCGGAACCUCAGAUGCCAGCGGGCUCCUGCCCACCCCCAGUGUCAACGGCGGCAGCGGUGGCACCCUGGGCAGCGCGAGCAGCGGGGCAGCCUCCGUGGGCAGCGUGGAGAACGGCAAGCCCGGGACCGACGUGGUGGACCUCACACUGGACAGCUCGUCGUCCUCAGAGGAGGAGGACGAAGAGGACGACGAGGACGAGGACGAGGAGGGACCCCGGCCCAAGCGCCGCUGCCCCUUCCAGAAGGGCCUGGUUCCGGCCUGCUGACCGGCGGCCACGUGACCUGAAAUUUCCCUGGUGCUGACCACGCGGAGGGCGGGCGGCCGGGCGCAGAGGAGCAGCGAUUCCUUCUCUUUUCAUUGUCCGUUUGUCCUCUCCGCCCUCCCUGGCUCCUGGCACCUGCACCUCUGGACUCUCCUCUCGGGGAUUAAAAAAAAGUAAAAUGACAAAA